AACGGUUGCUAUAGCGGUAAACAUCCAGUCAUAUUUACCGUUAGUUUAUAACGGGUCAUUAAGUCAGGAUAAUCGAGACCACUCCCAUGACAACUAUUACAACUAAGAUGGCGUCGAACGAAGCAUCGGACAAAUUUUAUCUGGAAAAGGAGCAACUGUUAGCUGAUUCUGAUGAUGAAUUCCAAUAUGAGGAGGUUCCUAUUGAUGAAGAAUUUAUUGUUGAUGAAGUAGUAGAGAAUUUAGAUAUUGCUGUUAGAACAAUCCGAGAAUCUCAGGAUGAUGCUGAAGCAGCUGUUCGGAAAGAAAGCACAGCUCGACCGUCUGUUACCCAACAUCCAGAAGUUGUUGAUGAUUUUGUGAGAAAUUUUCUUGUCCGAAUGGGAAUGGGACGAACACUGGAUUGUUUCCAAACAGAAUGGUACGAGUUACAAGGGAAAGGUUUAUUACAUGAAGAGGAUAUUGAUGUUGUACCAGAUAUCUACGCUAGGAAUCAGGAUCUCGACAACGAAAUCAAAUUCUUGAAAAAAGAAGUAGAUAAAUAUAGAAACGCUGCCCUUAAAGCGAAAGAAACAUAUGUUAAACUGAGGAAAGAGAGAGAUUAUCACAGAAUGCAUCAUAAACGUGUCGUCCAGGAGAAAAAUAAAUUUAUUGAUGACAUUAAAAGAUUAAAGAGACAUUAUCAGCAAUAUGAACCAACUUUACACCAGCUGAAGAGGAAGUAUGAGGUGGCCAUGAAGGAGAAGAUGUUGGCUAAACUAGAAAGAGACAGAGUCGUAGGGCAGGUUAAUGGUUUACAGAGUACCUUAAAAUCUAUGGAGUCCUUUAAAGGAACUUCGUCCAUGUCUCUACAAGAUAAACGAUCAGUAAAAGGAGAUAAGCAGGUAGAAGAACUGGGACCAACACAGAGAGCGUUGGCUUUAGAGAGAGAGAAGGUAUCAGAAUGUGAUAUACAAUUAUUACCAGAAGAUUUUAAACGAUAUCCCAACGAUUCUGUUUUCCCCGUUGAUACAGGUGUCAAUCCUUACCUGUCAAAUUCCAAGGCAGCACCAAGUCACAUCAGUAGAACAGGUGGUUUCCGUCUCUCGAAUACGAUACAGGCACACAGUCAUUCUGUUAGCGGGGUUGCUCUUCAUCCACGUAAACAGAUCCUUGUAACCAGUAGUGAUGAUAAUACGUGGAAGAUGUGGGCGGUACCAAGUGGUGACAUAAUAAUGACAGGUGAAGGUCAUACAGAUUGGGUGUCUAGUUGUGACUUCCACCCAGGGGGAGCAAAACUAGCGACUACUAGUGGUGAUACAACCGUUAAAAUUUGGGAUUUUGCUAAAGGAGAAUGUGUACAUACAUUUGUGGAUCAUAUGCUGGCAGUAUGGAAUUGUAGCUGGCAUUCAUGUGGUGAUUUCCUGGCCACCUGUUCUAUGGACAACACAUCUAAAGUAUGGGAUUUAAAUAGUUUACGAUGUCGCUACACGUUACGAGGUCACACCGAUUCCGUUAAUAGCAUCCAGUUUGUUCCAUUCUCUAAUAUACUUCUGACAUCAUCAGCAGAUAAAACUUUAUCAUUAUGGGAUGCAAGAACGGGUUUGUGUACUCAAACAUUCUAUGGACACAUGAAUUCUGUUAAUCAUGCUGCUUUUAAUUUACGGUGUGAUACAGUAGCAUCGUGUGAUUCGUAUGGUAUAUUUAAAUUAUGGGAUGUAAGAAAUGUAUCGGAAAUGGUGUCUGUGGAUAUCGGUCCACAUCCUGCUAAUCAUGUGACAUUCGAUCCUUCAGGCAGUGUAUUGGGUGUCUCCAGUAAUGACAGUACAAUUAAAAUGUAUGAACUUGCUUCAGGACAAAUAACUGCCUUAUAUGGUCAUGAAGAUGCGGUACAGUGUGCGUUAUUUGAUCAAAGUGGAGAGUUUAUGAUAUCUGGUGGCAGCGACUGUACGGUUCGCAUCUGGUCCUAAAAACAUCCACACUUGUCAAUCAUAUUUAAAUUUUAUUAGAUAUUUAUUUAUUAUUUAAACUGUGAUUUAUAUUUAUGUCAAGUUUCCCUGUAUUUGUUAUUUAUUUACAUUAAAUCAGUUGAAGGAAAUAAUUUAAAGAAAUCUUAAUCUACAUCAUUCAGAUUAUGUAUGUGCAUGUUAUGCACGUAAGUUAUGCAUGUGUGAGUUAAGUUUGUGCAUGUUAUGCAUAUGUAAGUUAAGCAUGCAUGUUAUGCAUACACAAUUACAUCAUUCAAGUUAUGCAUGUGCAUGUCAUGUAUGUGUAAGUUAAGCAUGUGUAAGUUAAGCUUGUGUAAGCUAUGCAUGUCUAAGUUAAGCUUGUGUAAGCUAUGCAUGUCUAAGUUAAGCUUGUGUAAGCUAUGCAUGUGUAAGCUAUGCAUGUGUAAGUUAUGCAUGUGUAAGUUGAGCAUGCAUAUUAUGCAUACACAAUUACAUCAUUCAAGUUAAGCAUGCAAAUUAAGCAUGUGUAAGUUAUAAAGAUAUUCUUUUACCUGUUAAAGUUGCUGAUAAAGUUACUGAUCGGCGUUUACAAUUUUGGGACAGUAUUAAAUUUGUCAUUGCUUAAUCCAUGCUUAAAGGAGCUAAGUCACUAAUAUUUGGGACCAAGAAAUUUUGAUAAAUGGGUCGCAACGCAUACAAUAAUGUAAUAUGAAUGUAUAUAAAUUGAUUUACAUUCAAUCGUUUCUGUUUUUACUGUAAUUUUUAAUCAGUUAGGUUCGGCGAAAUACGCCAGUAUUCUCAAUCGAAUUUCAAUUUCUAGCGUCUGCUUAUUCCAGUCUACGCGGAUAUUAUUUAUUGGGCUUGCUUUCCAGAUAAGAAUUAUAGUCUCACCGUUUGACAUGACUUGUGGAAUAUGCCUAGCCUCGUUUUUAGAGUCCCUUAUUACCAAUAGCACUGAAACGCAUUAUGGUACCAAUUGUAAAAUGUUUAUUUUGUCUAAAAUAUUGGAUAUCAGAAGCCCAUCUUUUCCUGGUUAGAUCACAACAUCAAUGUUGAUUUAAAUUGACAAAUAAAUCGUGUUUUCAAUGUGUAAGAUUUUGGAUGAUAUUGAGUUAGAGACUUAGCUACUUUAAUUAAGAUGUCAAAAUCAACAUAUCAAUGGUAGAUAAUCUCUCAACCAAAGAUUCUACCUUUAUUAUUCACCAUGUCUUGAUGUCCGAUUGGGCAUAUUCCUGGUUGGACAAUUUAGGACGUUUGGAAAAUAGCGUUGGACAUGUCCGGAAUAUAUGGGCGAAAUCCCAUAACUGAUUCUACCCAACAUUUAGAAGUGGUGGUGAAUUGUUUAUAUGGUCCGUAAACACUGAAUGAAUUUAAAUAAUAUUCACAAUAUUCAAUAUUCACAAUAUUCAAUAUUAAAUAUUCACAAUAUUCAAUAUUCACAAUAUUCAAUAUUCACAAUAUUCAAUAUUCACAAUAUUCAAUAUUCACAAUAUUCAAUAUUCACAAUAUUCAAUAUUCACAAUAUUGUAAUUUGACAGGAAAUGUGGGGGGGUUGGAUGGCCGAAUGGUUAGCACAUGCAUGCUGUAUCAUAAGGCCUGUCAUUGAGUCAACAGGCGUGGUUUCGAAUCCCCGGUUGUACCUGACAAGAAGUAGGGUUGCCUGUCCAAACUCAUGGGUUUUCGCUGGGUCCUCCGGUUUCCUUCCACUGCUAAAGACCCCUACCCGCAAGCGAAUUAUUGAAAUAAAAAUUAAAAACCAUAUGUUAGUCCCGAAAUGAUCUAGUUUGUGUCGAGUGGACAUUAAACCCUAUUUCUCUCUCUGUCUCUCUGAAAGGAAAUGUAAACCCUUUAAAGGAUGAUCAGUGGAUUUAAAGAGGCUCAAAUCUACAUUAAAAUUGUGGAUAUAUGAAUUGUAAAGAUAUUACAUAUUUUUUGUGUGCUAUAAUUUAAUAUGUUAUAAUUUACAAGUUCUGAUAUUUGUUGAAAGUGUUGAUAUAUUAUAUUUUCUGUCUUGAUGUAAACUGUAGCAAAUAUUUAAAACAGAGGAAGAUUUCUUUUAUAUAAAUUAAAAUACAUACAAAUA